GUGCACAUGUCGCGUACUAUUGUGUGUUGACCUUUACAAAAUAUUGUAUUGCAUAUAUAAUCAUCUAAGACACGAUUUUCACGUGCUUUUUUCAUUUCGAUUUAAAAACAAAAGUUCAAAGAGUGAUAUAAAGAGUUUUUUCAUCUAAAAUGAAGUUCAAAUUUCGUAAUGAAUUAAAGAUAUGUUUGUCAGAGUACAACACGAAAACAAACCAUCGGAGAGGAACUCCAUCAAUUCGAAUGAUGUAUUUUCUAAUGGUGAUUGUAAUAUUGAAUGUGGUAAUGCCUGUUUGUUGGGGAUUUCGUUGUGAUCGUAUACCGAAGGGACGUGUACCGCCACAAAGUACUCCCGAUGGACGAUUUGAAGUCAAAAUAUCAGGAAAUCCAACACUAUAUGUACCCGGUCAAGUUUAUACUGUGAGCAUUGAAGGAAAAACCACUGGAUUAGCACCAAAUCAAUUUAUUGGAUUCAUGUUGGUAGCACAACCAAAAGAUACUACACCACAAACAUAUGGCAUAUCGUUGGGCUCGUUUGAACCAACAGAUUCGCUAGCAAAGUAUCAUGAUCGUUGUCAAAAUUCUAUAAUGCAUUCAAGUCAAGUGCCAAAAACUAAAGUUCAGGUUUAUUGGACAGCGCCACCAUCAGGUAGUGGAUGUGUUACAAUUAAAGCAACGGUUGUCGAGAACAAAGACUUAUGGUAUAAGGAUGGUAUAUGGCUAAAAAAGGAUUUAUGUGAGGAUUUAGAGGAAUCACCUGAUGUUCAACCACCAGUUGUCGAUCGGUGUUGCGCUUGUGACGAAGCUAAAUAUGAAAUGAUAUUUGAAGGUUUAUGGUCACGACAAACACAUCCAAAAAAUUUUCCAAAUAAUAGUUGGGAAGCUAAAUUUAGUGAUGUUAUUGGUGCUUCGCAUUCAGCCGAGUAUCAAUUUUGGCAAUACGGGAAAUCCGCUGGUGAAGGUCUACAUGAAGUUGCAGCAAAUGGCACAACGAAAAUGCUGGAAAGUGAAUUCAAGAAUGUGAGUAACCACAUACGAACAAUAAUUAAAGCACGAGGUAUUAGUUAUCCUAAUGUGACAGCAAAAACAUUCGCUGUAUUCCGUGUGAACAAUAAACAUCAUUUAAUAUCGUUGGUAUCAAAAAUAAUACCAUCACCAGAUUGGAUUGUGGGCGUAUCAAGUUUAGAAUUAUGUUUGGCAAAUUGCAGUUGGGCUGAGAAAAAAGAAUUGAGCUUAUAUCCAUGGGAUGCUGGUACGGAGGAUGGUAUAUCAUAUAAGUCAAAUCCAAUACCAACAUAUCCACGUGAUAUAAUUCGUAGAAUCUCCACAAGUUUUCCAGCCAAUCCAGAUUCACCAUUUUUCGAUGAUCAAGGUGGUAAAAUGCAACCAUUAGGCAGAUUAUACUUAACACGACAACGAUUGUAUGAAAAAACAUGUGAUACAGACGUAGGCGAACCAGAUGGAGACGAGGACUCACUUAAUACAGGACCGUGUAAAGUGGGACCCUGGAAGGAUAUAUCAUCAUGUUCUGUAUCAUGCGGCCGCGGAACAAAACAACAACGGCGCUUUUAUGUUAAUGAAAUAUCAUCCAGAAUACGUAAUUGCAAACGUGUACUAUUCAAGGAAGUGAAAUGUAUACGUCCAUGUAAUACUGGUAUUACAGAAGUCAGUAACGAUCCAUACUGUCAAUUAACUGAGUGGUCUGAAUGGUCUUCAUGUAGUGCAACAUGUGGAGAAGGUACACGAACUAGAGAUCGAACUUACGUUCAUAGAAACGGGCAAAAACUUUGCACUAAAGGAAAAUACUUUUUACCAGUCCUUCAAGACAAUGAACAAUGCACUGGUGAAAAAGGUGAAUGUGAUGAAAAUGAAAAUGUAGAAGUCUAUGAAAAAGAAGGUUGUGAAAUGUCACUGUGGACAAAUUGGACACCGUGUUCAAAGUCAUGUGGCAAAGGGAUCAAAACACGAAGACGAACAAAAUUCGAAAGAUUUGAUAGUUAUCCGCAUAGGCGAUCUCCACAUCGUAGGCAUACACGGCAUCGCAGACAAGACGAUGGAGAUGAUGAAAAUGGCAGCGAUUACGAUGAAGCAGAUGCUUGUGAUGGCGUCAAAACUUAUGAGCAAGUUGAAUGUAUUGCAACUUCACCAUCAUGUGAUGUCGAUGCCGAACAAUCAAGAGAAAUAUGUGAGCAACAAAGGGAUAGUGGCGACUGUGGUGGGGGUGAUUUCAGAACUUAUGAAAAAUGGUACUUUGAUUCCCUACUAGCACAAUGUCAAGUAUUUAACUACACUGGUUGCGGUGGGAAUCGAAAUAAUUUUGAUUCAAGAGACGAGUGCGAAUCAAUAUGUUCCACUUAUGAAUAUAAGCUAAAGUUAAAUCGUACAGCACAUAAAAAGCAACUGGGAGUUUCACUUUCUAGUGUGUUAACAUAUAACAUGCAAAUGCAGGAUGAGGCAGAUCCAAUAGAUUCUGGCAAAUUCGUAGUGGGAAAUCAAAUAUUAGAUAGUUCAUUAUUUGGAGGGAAUAAUAAUCGCUAUGCAACUGUAAGAUAUCCACAAGAACAAGACACUAAUCACAUAGAUCAAGCUUAUCAAGAAACAGAUGAUUCGGUAAAUUCGAAUGAAGUAAUUGAUUGUAAAACAUCAUUAUGGUCAGAAUGGAGCGAGUGUAAUGCAAACUGUGGAAAUGGGUAUCAGCAUACAGCAAAAGGAUACCAGCAUAGAUAUCGAAAAAUUGUGGAAUAUCCGGCCAAUGGCGGUAAACCAUGUCCAAAAAAAUUAACCAGAAAGCGUAAAUGUGAAAUACAAUGCAAUUCUGGUGGAAAUUAGACAACGAAGUAUAUCGAGAUCCACUAACGCCGACAUGGGGGCCACCAUAAUUAACGACAAUGAAUAAAAAUACGAGUGUACAUGGUGUAAAUAUUAUAUACAAGAAGAUUUUGAAAUACAAUUAUGUCGAUAAUAAGUAAAUUUUUAUAAGAAUUAACUAUGUUUUCUAAAGCUAAUUACAAAAUUUUGACUUGGAAUUGGACAUCAAAGAAUUGUAAAAUAUACACUUAGAAGCCAAAUUCGACAAUCAAUAAGUUACAAUAAUUAUAGAAUUCUAGUUAAAAAUGAAUGUUUUGUCUAGUGGAUUAAAUUGUCUUGUGGUUAAAAAUG